UCUCUUCCCUUUUUUAUCUUCUCCCUUCUCUCCUUCUCACGGCUCCUCCCGAGCGGAGCGGCUGAGGCUGGGAGAGCUGCUACAAGCGCCGCCGCCCUCAGCCUCGACUGUCGGCGCCUCCACUCCGGCUGCCUCCUGCUGCUUCCCCCUUCGAUGGAUAGUGGCGAGGGAAGCAGCAGUUCUGUAGCUCUAGCUGAUUGGCUUCCACUGUCUUCAAUGACUUCCACCAUUUAUCAAUAAAUUGUUGGCCUUGCAAUUGAGUUAUUCAUUGGGCGCAAAAGGGCGAGAAAGAUGACGGUGUGCUGUGUUGCUACCGCGUCGGCGUCGUUCCUAUCUCCUCCCAUGAAACGCAACCUCCACUCGCAGUCGCAUGCCUAUGCUGUUGCCAACGACCACCACAUGCACCUCAGGGAGGCGGCAGCACGCUCCGACCUGCCAGGUGCGCUGGCAGCCUUCGCCGCCAUGUCGUCCGCCUCUGCCGGCACUGCGCGCCCCGUUCUCCGCACCUUCACCUCCCUUCUCAAGCUCUGCGCUGCCCGCGGGGACCUCACCACUGGCCGCGCCAUCCACGCCCAGCUCGCUGUGCGGGGGCUCACCUCCGAGGGCCUCGCAGCCACCGCGCUUGCCAAUAUGUAUGCUAAGUGCUGUCGUCCCUCCGACGCUCGCAGGGUGUUUGACCGAAUGCCUGUAAGGGACCGUGUCGCCUGGAACGCUCUCGUGGCAGGUUACGCGCGGAAUGGUCUCACAAGGAUGGCGAUGGAGAUGGUUGUCAGGAUGCAGGAGGAAGGGGAGAGGCCUGACUCGGUCACGCUUGUUUCUGUGUUGCCGGCCUGUGCGAAUGCUAGGGUGCUUGCUCCCUGCCGAGAGGCACACGCGUUCGCAAUCCGUGCUGGGCUGGACGAGCUUGUCAAUGUCUCAACUGCUAUACUUGACGCAUACUGCAAGUGCGGGGACAUCAGGGCAGCAAAGGCAGUCUUUGACUGGAUGCCAGUCAAGAACUCUGUAUCCUGGAAUGCAAUGAUCGAUGGAUAUGGAGAGAAUGGCGAUGCUGGGGAGGCUUUGGCACUCUUCAAGAGGAUGGUCGAGGAGGGUGUUGAUGUGACGGACGUCUCUGUACUGGCAGCACUGCAAGCAUGCGGAGAGCUGGGUUAUCUUGAUGAAGGGAGACGUGUCCAUGAGCUGCUUGUGGGGAUCAAGUUGGACUCCAACGUGUCAGUGAUGAAUGCGCUCAUCACCAUGUAUUCCAAAUGCAAGAGGAUUGACCUGGCAUCACAGGUGUUUAAUGAAUUGGACAGAAGGACACGGGUAUCGUGGAAUGCCAUGAUUCUUGGAUGCACACAGAAUGGAUGCUCUGAUGAUGCACUAAGGAUUUUCACUAGGAUGCAAAUGGAGAACAUGAGACCAGAUUCAUUCACUCUUGUUAGUGUUAUUCCAGCUCUCGCUGAUAUUUCGGAUCCUCUCCAGGCAAGAUGGAUCCAUGGAUAUUCUAUUAGGUUACACCUUGAUCAGGAUGUAUAUGUUCUGACUGCCCUUAUUGAUAUGUAUGCAAAAUGUGGCCGUGUUACUAUAGCUAGAGCUCUGUUCAAUUCAGCAAGGGAGAAACAUGUUAUUACAUGGAACGCGUUGAUCCAUGGGUAUGGCUCACAUGGUUUUGGAAAGGUUGCAGUUGAGCUAUUUGAAGAGAUGAAGAGCAUUGGCAUGGCGCCUAAUGAGACAACAUUCCUCUCGGUCCUCUCUGCAUGUAGUCAUGCUGGUUUGGUUGAGGAAGGGCGGAAAUAUUUUACUAGCAUGAAGGACGACUAUGGUCUUGAACCUGGGAUGGAGCACUAUGGUACUAUGGUGGAUCUUCUUGGCCGAGCUGGGAAGCUAGAUGAAGCGUGGGCAUUUAUCCAAAAGAUGCCUAUGGACCCUGGUGUUAGUGUUUACGGUGCAAUGUUAGGUGCUUGCAAGUUGCACAAGAAUGUGGAGCUGGCAGAAGAAUCAGCUCAGAAGAUUUUUGAGCUAGAGCCACAAGAGGGAGUGUAUCAUGUCCUAUUGGCAAAUAUUUAUGCAAACGCUUCCAUGUGGAAGGAUGUUGCAAGGGUGAGAACUGCUAUGGAGAAGAAAGGCCUCCGAAAAACUCCUGGUUGGAGUAUCAUUCAACUCAAGAAUGAGAUCCAUACCUUCUACUCUGGAAGCACAAAUCAUCAGAAUGCAAAGGCGAUAUAUUCAAGGUUGGCCAAGUUGAUAGAAGAGAUCAAAGCUGUGGGCUAUGUGCCUGACACUGAUUCAAUACAUGAUGUGGAAGAUGAUGUCAAGGCACAGCUACUCAACACCCACAGUGAGAAGCUUGCCAUUGCAUUUGGGCUCAUUCGCACAGCCCCUGGCACAACAAUCCAGAUAAAGAAGAACCUUCGAGUUUGUAAUGACUGUCAUAAUGCAACCAAGUUAAUAUCUUUAGUGACAGGACGGGAAAUAAUCAUGAGAGAUAUUCAGCGAUUCCACCAUUUUAAGGAUGGAAAAUGCUCUUGUGGAGACUACUGGUAGUGAAGUGUUGAGGUAGUUUGAAUAUGCACCGAGAGAUGAGGGAGCUUCCGAAAGAUGUUGUAGACAUCAAAGUAUAACAUCUGACAAUUAGGUGAAAUUAUCUUACUGACAAAGUUCUUGAGCUGCCUCUUAUAUGGAUAUUAUCAUACUACAUGACUAAACUUGUGAGGUAUCUGAAAAUUCUUAUGGCCUCUUCACCUUUUCAGGGAACACACUGCAAAUUCCAGUCACCCAUUGUACAAUUAAAAUGUUUUUACUUUCAUUAAGAUACUAGUGCAUAAGGAAUCUGUUUUCCACAGCAAAGCUUUCUCAUGUCUUAUUAGUUGCCUGAGAUCAGAUGUACAUGUCAGAUCAAAAUGUUAAUAACUGAGAAGUUAUUGUUUUCUCCUUACAUUUUUUUGGUGUACUUAAGGAUCAGGGAUAAAACUUUUGUGCUAAUGAACACAAAAAAGCAACACCAUUUGUUAUUCCUCUUGCAAAAAAAUAAUUGGCUCAUGCAUGCUUACAAGUUGCAUACAUAUAGAACACUCAUAUCCUUUAUUUGAGAGGACAUGCAAUUGAAGCUAACGAAAGCAUAUAAUUCUGAAUGCACCUUCCAAUUACUGCUGUAAAAUGUUAGUCCAGGGCAUUAUUAGAUGAGCAUGGGGGAUAGUUUUUCCUACUGUAGCAAUGAACAUCACUGCCACUCUGAGUCUGAGUGCAUGAAUAGAUGCCAGUUUCAUCAGGCCUGUCGAUGACCAUGUCAGACAAAUUGGAAACUCCCUGGAAUAUAAUCACAGGUAUGCCAGGAUAUGUUAUCUGUUGAAAUUAAUAUGUGCUAUUUUAAUUUAUAUACAUACAACUAUCUCAAGCUUUAUGAUUGCAUUAAAUAUGGAGUGCAAACAUUGACAGAUCUUCUCUAUAAGUGGAAGUUCUUCCCCAAAACGAAAAAGUACUUUGCCACAUCAUCAAGAGAAUAUGGACCUUCGAUUUUUACUCGAAGUGUUGAAAGCCACUGGAUCUUCCUAUUGGCUAAACCUCUUCCCAAUCCUUCAAGAAACUUCUUUUACAAACUCAAUCCUUCCACACCCCUGGACAAGAAAAAACACAUUUCCUCCUCCCCCCUCAGGCACCACAGACCACAGUGCGUCACCCUUCGCCUCCCCUCAUUGCUCCACCUCCUCUUGGCUGUUGGCCUGCUGCCACCGCAUCCUCCUCCCCUUGGCAGGCCCUACCGCAGUCUCCUCGCCACCCCCUUCACCAUCGCAUAGCCUCCCUCGUGGCUCAAGGCCACCAAUCCCUCACAUGGUUGUCAUGGUGCUCCCAUGUCCAAAUGACAGUAGCGAAUUGCCUCCUCGCUCCCACACUUGCCACCACCGCUGCCACAUUUGCCUCCCCAGCUCCCUCACUCCCGCACUGGUCUCUUAUCCCUUCUCUCUACCAUGUGUAGGAAGCCCGGAGUGAUGGCCUCAGCGAAGCAACUGUGGGACACUUUAGAACUCCUCCCUGCAUUUAUGCAGCAUUUGCUUCUUCCACUCUACCGUGGACAUACCUCUUCAGCAGCUCCUCAAAGAUGAACACAGGCAGUAGCAUGUUGUUUGACACUCGUGUUGAUCUGUACCACUGACAAUCAGACAUCACAUAUUCAGUGGAACUGAAAACAUCAAAAAAGUAGCAGCCUGUUACUGAUUAAUUUUUGCCUGUGUGAUGGCUCAGAUAUGGAUUGGGAAAACCACUCACAGAUAUGGUGGAGGGGCAUAUUCACAAGGCAAUACAAUUAAUGUCAAAGGCCAAAGUUUGUUGAACUGGAAAUGCUGAGAUUACUGGUCUUGAUAUUACCUCAUCAAUCAAGCCCAUCAAUCCCAGCUUCAAGAGUAAGCAUCUACUUUGGACCAAACAACACGGUGGGCGGUCGAAAUACAUCAACCUUCAUAGCAAAACAUGUGGCCCUAGUUGACAUUAGAGAGCAUACUGCAUUCUUGAACCUUUGCCUAGAACAAUUUGUUCUCGGAUGAUCAACUUUGGUUUCAACGACCAAUAUGUAGUGUUUAGCAGAAUGCCUCAAUGAUUAUAAACAUAUUCCCUUGGGCAAGUACUUGUUAGUGGCUACCUAUUAGAUGUUGCACCAAGUAGCAGUGAAACUAUCGGCUGAUCGGCUUGUUGGUCAUAUCGGUGGUCCUUGGUGGUUUCUUCGGCUCUGGUUAAGUCCUUACACAGCCAAAGCAAUAUGAUCACCUCUGUUCGAUUGUUUUUACAAAAUUCCAAGGAAGGUAUUACCCUGUAUGUCUGUAUACCCCUUUCGGUUUUUUAUUUAACACCA